UGCCCUGAUCCGAUCUGUACUCCCACAAAUAUUUAUACGACUUAAAGCGGCAUGGGGGAUCAGAAAGAAGUGACCAUGGUCCAAAGGUCUACUUCAUUCAGCAUCAAGAGUCUCCUGCUGCCGUCUAAAGGCGAGGCUCGGGACGCUGCGCUGUGCGAGAAGAGCGCGUUUUCAUCGGGACCCGACUCGGAAAAACUUCCCGAUCAGACCGACAUGGACCGUGCUCCGCUCGAAGACAAGACGGAAAACGAGAGAACGAGUGAUAAAGCGGAAUCCGGUAAAAGCAACAAACUCGACAAGCCUCCGUUCAGCUAUAACGCGCUGAUCAUGAUGGCCAUCCGGCAGAGUCCAGAGAAGCGGCUCACCCUGAACGGCAUCUACGAGUUCAUCAUGCAGAACUUUCCUUACUACCGCGAGCACAAGCAGGGGUGGCAGAACUCCAUCAGGCACAACCUGAGCCUCAACAAGUGCUUCGUCAAAGUCCCGAGGCAUUACGAUGACCCUGGAAAGGGGAACUACUGGAUGUUGGACCCUUCCAGUGACGAGGUGUUUAUUGGCGGGACGACGGGGAAACUCCGCCGGCGCUCCGCUACAUCACGCGGCAAACUCGCCAUGAAGCGCGGGCUGCGAUUCGGCCCGCUCGGGUUCGGGAUCAACGACAGGCCGAGCAAUCCCCUGUACUGGCAGAUCUCCCCGUUUUUAUCUCUACAGCCGCCUUCUUAUAACGCAUCCGGGUUUCUAAACCAGAGCCACGGUUACGGCUCACUAAUCCCCGGAGUGGAACAGCUGGGCAGCGGUGAGCUCGCGCGGCCCAUCCUCGGCUCAUCCGGAGCUCAUUUAGGGUUUACGAACUCGUACGGGAUGAGCUCGUCUCCGGUCGGGUUGCUACCGAGUCAGCCCGGGUAUCUGGGAAACCCGCAGCAGCAGCAGCAACACCAACAAUCCGCGCCCCCGCAUCAAAGCGCGUCCCCGUUCGGUGUUUCUGCGCCUUCUGCGAGAGCGCUCCUCUCAGACACACUCAGGGCCACGUUACCGUCUUUCUCCCCCGUCGGAUCAAGCGACUUCCCGUGUGUUUUGUCUCAGCACAAACGUCUCCUUCCUAAUUCUUAUUUAAACUGAACGUCUCGAAUUAAAACAAGGUAACACAUUUAGUGGAAAUUCUAACGCAACACCGCACACUGAGGAUGAGGAGGAGGAGGAGGAGGAGGACAUGGCCGUGUUUCUGUCCCGGAGAGAUUCUGGAGUUCCUGUUUAAUGUCUAUGCGAGUGAGCUUCGGCUUUACAAAAGGUCUGAUCUCAAGCAAAAAAUUGUGUAGGAAUUCUAAUAAGCAGCAGAAAAAAACACAAAUCUCAGUACGGUCAUUCUACAGAAACGGUGGAAUUUGGGUCUCCUAAAAUGUAUUUCUUCUUUUACACCUAAAACUUUUUUAACAGCCAUAAUUUCCUUGUAAACUUUAUGAAUGCGCAAAAAGUAGAGCUUUAUGCAUAUUUUAUUUUUGUUACUUCUCUUCCUGACAAUUUAGAGAGAAAAAAAUCAUAACUAUUUACAAAAUCACUUCUAUAUGUAAGACCACAUGGUUUUCACUCUCGUCAAAAUCAACUAAUUAUUAGAUGUGAUCAGUUUUAUGUAGGAUUUUUUACAGUUAUAAGUAUUAAAUGAGUAACCUAAUAAAACUGCUAAAUAAAUCAUGACUUUCUAAACAAAUGAAGCAAGACAUCUGAUAUACCUUUUACAUUUGUCCAGUGCUCUUCAUCUAGUGACUUCUGAAAUUCAAAUUAACUAAUGU